AUGGCCUCGCAGGGUUUCUCCAGAAAACGCCCGGCACCAGGCGCCGACCCGGUUUCGUACCCUGCUCAAAUGCAGAAUCCCGCGCCCGCAUUCAACGACGGCCUUGGGCAGCAACUGUCCAAUGACCAGUUCCUCCAGUGGGGUCAGACCGGUCAGCCUGCUGCUGGUCCCUCAUACAACGAUGCCAGCUUUGGUAUGAACGCAAACACCUAUCCCGCGAGCAAUCCUCAACCCGUCCCUCAGCCUUCGAAUCAACUGACACGGAGGCCCAUCGCUCAACUCGCCUCGCGUGUCCCCCGACCGAACGAAGACGGGAAUAGUUGGAUGGAGCAUCCGAAUGGAGGUGCGCAUCCUCCAAAUCCGGAGUGGGAGGACGACAUAGCAGAGUUGGAGGCAAGAGCACAAGUCGCAAAGAGAGAGGCACAAGCGAAGAGAAAACAGAUACCUCCCUUUGUUCAGAAGCUGAACAGCUUCCUGGAGGACGGCAGAAACACCGACCUUAUCCGCUGGUCAGACGACGGCAACUCAUUCAUUGUCCUGGAUGAGGAUGAGUUUGCAAAGACUCUUAUCCCAGAAUUGUUCAAACACAACAACUACGCGUCUUUCGUGCGGCAACUCAACAUGUACGGAUUCCACAAGAAAGUCGGCCUUUCCGACAACUCUAUGAGGGCAAGUGAACGGAAAAACAAGAGUCCAAGUGAAUAUUCAAACCCCUACUUCCGCCGCGGUCACCCAGACUUGCUUUGGUUGAUCCAAAAGCCCAAGAACGUCGGAGGACCUGCCUCGAAACGCAAAGGCAAAACCGAUAACGAGCAGAACGAGGAAGAGGCGGACGAAUAUGUCGAUGACUCCAUUCCGGUCGAUAACCGAGUACGAGCCCGACCCGGCCAGCUCACGCUGGGAAGUGGUGAUAAUAUGGCUCUCACGCAGGAUCAGUUUAAGAGCGUCCAGCGUGAAUUGGCAGCCAUCCGACACCAGCAGACGCAAAUCUCUCGCAUGAUGCAGCAACUCAAGCGUGAGCAUGAACAGCUGUAUGGGCAAGCGGCGACCUUCCAAGACCAGCACAAUCGACACGAGAACUCGAUCAAUGCCAUCCUGACCUUCCUCGCCACUGUCUACAACCGCAGCCUUCAAAGCCACGAAAAUGUGCAAGGCAUUGCAAAUCUUUUUGCCAACGCCAUGCCUGUCGAUACUUCGACUCAGGGCAAUGUCGUUGACGUCGGGGACUACAGCUUCAACGAUAUCAAUCUCGAUGGUACUCCUGCGAAGCCGUUUAAGAAACAGCCUUUGCUAUUGACCAACGGAAGCGGGCAACCACAACAGCAGGGUCGAGCGAGCACCUUGUCCCCGCGCUCUGGCAACAGUCCCUAUCCUACGCCUAAGGCAGCAGUUCACCGCAACGGCCAACCUCAAUCCCUGCUCUCGCCGAAACUUGAAGAGGUCUUCGACCCGGGCGUUCAUAGCCCCAACAGUGCCAAUGUUCCCUCUGCGAACCAAACCCGUACCGAUAUGCCUUCCCGGGACAUGAUGACGGUGAUUCAAAACGCCAAUGCGAGAAACAACCACGCCGCAACCUCUCCCACCACCCCCGCCCAAGACUUCUCCAAUGUCCUCAGCAACCUGGAAGCAUCCUCUGGCACCGGGCCACUGUCCACAGCCCAGCGCGCCGACGUCCUCCGCAUGAUCAACAACUCCACAAACCAGCCCGCGGGCAACGACAAUGCGCUCAUCAACGCCACUCCGCCGCCCGGACCUCCGAACUUCCAUCGCCGCCUCGCCAGCACUCAAGCCGAUCUGGAACAACUCGCCAAGCUACAAGCGGAGCAAGAUAAAUCCGUCCAAAACCUCACGAACUUGCUGCAACCGCUCUCUCCCACAGGCUCGAUCCCUGGAAUUGGUGAUGGCCAAGCCUUUCCACCUCCGCCGUUGGACAUCGACGAUUUUCUGAACCACAACGAGUACUUUGGCGAUUUUCCAAGUGACGGGAACGGCAACUACGAUUUCGGCAACACCGGACUAGGUGGGGAUCAACUAGGGACGACCGAUAAUAUGAAUUUUGCCUACAAGGAUGACGACGAGCUGUUUGGAAAUCUGAACAACGAUACCGCAGCCGGGUAUGGUGGUGGCUUCGAUGGCAAUGCCACCGGUGCGGCUAUGGGUGCGGCUGCAGGUGUGGGUAUGGGGACAGAUCAAUAUGGUGGAUAUGCGGGAAAUGUCAAGCACGACCAUGCGACCCAGUACACGGAGCAUGAUGGUGGCGGACGGGUCGAGAGUGUGCCGAGCAGCGAAGUUACGACUCCCAAAUCGGACAAGUCUGGUGCCAGUCGAACAGCGGCCAAGGGGAGAAAACUGAGCGAGGCUGAAGAGGAGAGCGCCGGAAGGAAGAGAGUCAGAGCCUGA